AGAGAAUGUUUUCUUCUGAACUCAGAGGAAGAAACAUCUGCAGCGGCCACGAACCGAGCCUGCUGUCCCUCCUCUGGUCUUCUGACUGGCACUUACCUGACAUUUACAAUCUGAAGAGUUGGUCCGGUGCACCAGAAACAAUCACCGGCACCUCGAGCUACUAAUUUGUCUCGAAAAAGCGUGUGGCUGCCAUCUUGGUGCGGAAGGGAGCGGUUAGCAUCCGGGCGGAGGGACGUUGCUGAAAACUAACCUGAAACAAACAUGGACCUCGACCUCUUGUGCGCCAAGAAACACUGUGGACCAAAUAGACGAGCUGCUCUGCAUGCUCUGAGAAGGAAGAGAUGGUAUGAGAAACAUCAGCGGUAUGUUGACCAUGCUGUUAAGGCCACAAAGUCUGCUUCCAAAAACAAGGAAAUGACUGAAGUGAACGACAUGAUAAAGGGCAUCAAACUGGAAGAUGAUAUGACCGAGGUGUCAGGCAAUCUCUACAAGGGUGAAAACCAGGAGUUGGACCAGGUCGAAUUUGUUGAGGAUGAGCUGCUGGCGGAGCUGGAGAGACUUAAAAAAACUCUGGAUGAGAGUCUCUUGCAGGCCAGCAGAAAAGAGGAUAAAGUCCAUCCUUCUCCAGUGAUGUCCGCGGCUUCACCUUCUCGUCCUGGUGCGAUGGAAGAAGACGAGGAAGAAAACGAGGUUGAGGACGGGGUUCAAGACGGUGCUGAAGACGAGGAUGAGGACGAUGAUGAAGAAGAGUUGGAGUACCUUCGCCGUUGGGCGAGUGAAUCCUUGUAAUCCCAACAUCAGGCUCAGCUGGCCGGCUGUUACAAAUAAGAGGGAAGCACAGGACAGAAUAAACAAACAUCUGUUCAUGCUGUU